AAAAAGGAAAAAAACAGAAAAACCCUUCUCUCUCUCUCUCUCUCUCUCUCUCUCUCUCUCUACCUUUCUUUGUAGUUUCCAAGUUUUCUUUCUUUCUUUCUUUCUCCACUGCUUCUUGAUAUCCUUAUCCUCCAUUUCUUGAUUUUCUUGGCAAUAUCUUCAAAUAAGAGAAAGUGAUAAUCAAGAAAGUUGCAGAUACAGAAGUGUUUCUUGAAAAAUUUGUUUCUUUUGAAUAAAAUGGAGACUAAGCAGCAGAAUAGAAACAGCAGAGAAAAGCUUGAAAAAGAAGACUUAACAUCUUUGGCUUCACCGACUUCAUCAUCUUCUUCUCCUUCGCAUGAAUUUUCCUUUACAAUUUCUCUUCACCCUUCUUCUACACCAGUAAUUUCUGAUAAUAGUAGUAAUAAUAAUAAAGCCAACAAAUUAGCUAUUGAUUUAUCUCCUGCAGAUGAUAUUUUCUUUCAUGGCCAUUUGCUUCCUCUUCACCUUCUCUCUCACCUUCCUGUCUCUCCUCGCCCAUCAAUUAAUUCUUUGGACAGUUUUACCCUUCCUAUCAAAGAAUUAUUAGAUGAUCAUCAAGAAGCAAACAGAAUUAACAGCAGCAGCAGUAAUACUAGCCAGGAGAAUAUCAAGAACAGCAAGAGUAACAGUAACAGCAAUAAUUAUAAAACCAGUAAUGACAGAGAGGCUACGAAGACAAAAAGCAAACCAAAGUCUUUCUCUUUAUUUGGAUGGCGAAAAGGAUUUGAAGAUAGAGAAAGAGAAGAAAAAGAUGAGAAGCAGCAAAAGAAAAAACAGACAUUUGAAGUAAGUCAUAUAUUAAAAAGGUAUGUGAGAAAGGUUAGGCCAUUAUUGUUCUUUAAAGGAAGAAGAGAAGAUCACCAUCUUCAAUUGCAUAGGCAAUCCCAUUCAUUUUCAGGUAAUUUAAGCUUGAGAAAUAAACUGGAGUUGGGUAGAGGAAGAAGAGGAGAAUACUCUGCUCCUGCUUCCAUGAGAACAUCUCCAACAAAUAGUGGCCUUCUUGUAGCAACAGCGACACUUCCUUCUUCCACUAGUGAUAGCACUAUGGAGGAAUUGCAGGCUGCAAUUCAAGCAGCAAUUGCUCACUGCAAGAACUCCAUUGCUGCUGAAGACAAGAUCAAAUGCUAGUUGUUUAAUGUUAGAUUAUUUUUCCUUUUUCCAAUUUUUUCAUAUUCGAUUUGUAUUAUUAUUAAUUAUUUGUACACCCGCGUAUAAUUGAAGUUGUAUAUAUAAAUCUAUGAGAUAAA